UCACCGUCGUCUCUAUCUCCUCUUCUCCCCCACUCUCUGUGUAGAAUUCGUGACUUUAGUGCAAAAUUCAACCCUAAAAACCCGAUAAUCAUGAGACCUCACACCAGAAUUGGUCUUGUUUUGAUGAUCAAAUGCCUGGCGAUGAUGAUGAUGAUCGUCUCCGCCGCGGAGUCACCUCCAUUUUCAUGCGACCCGUCAUCACCUACACCACCAUAUCCGUUCUGCAACAUCAGCUUACCUAUUUCCAACCGUGCUCACGACGUCGUUUCACGCCUUACCUUAGACGAGAAAGUAUUGCAACUGGUGAACGGAGCGCCGGAGAUUCCUCGCCUUGGGAUCUCCGCCUACGAAUGGUGGUCGGAGGCAUUGCACGGCGUUUCUAGACACGGAAAGGGUGUUAGAUUUAACGGAACCAUUACCACCUCCACUAUGUUCCCUCAAGUCAUUUUAACGGCUGCUUCUUUUGAUUCAAGUCUCUGGUAUCGGAUUGGUCAGGCAAUUGGGAGGGAAGCAAGAGCAAUGUACAAUGAAGGUCAAGCAAAGGGGCUAACAUUUUGGGCACCAAACAUUAAUGUGUUAAGAGACCCAAGAUGGGGAAGAGGACAAGAGACACCUGGCGAAGACCCAUUGGUCGUUGGAGAUUAUUCGGUUUCAUAUGUAAGAGGGAUUCAAGGUGAUAGUUUUGAAGGUGGGAAAAUCGACCCGAAUUCUGAUCACCUUCAAGCCUCUGCUUGCUGCAAACAUUUUGUUGCCAAUGAUUUGGAUAACUGGAAUACUGCUAAUCGUUACAACUUUGAUGCCAAUAUAACUCAACAAGAUCUAGCAGAUACAUACCUAGUACCAUUUCAGAGGUGUGUACAAGAAGGGAAAGCCAGUGGGAUAAUGUGUGCUUAUAAUCGAGUCAACGGUUUACCAAAUUGUGCUGAUUACAAUCUCUUAACCAAAACAGCUCGCGAGGCUUGGGGAUUUAAAGGGUACAUUGCAUCUGAUUGUGAUCCAGUUGCCAUUAUGCAUGAUGUUCAAGGAUAUUCAAAGUUACCUGAAGAUGCGGUCGCCAGUGUUCUUAAAGCUGGGAUGGAUGUCAACUGUGGUUCCUAUUUAAAGAAAUACACAAAAUCAGCAGUUGAACAGAACAAAGUAACAGAAGCAGAAAUAGACAGAGCUUUAGAGAACCUAUUUACCAUCAGAAUGAGAUUAGGUUUGUUCAAUGGUAACCCGAAAACCGGCAUCUAUGGCAACCUCGGACCUGACCAAGUCUGCUCUAAAGAACACCAGGACCUAGCCCUUGAAGCUGCCAGAAAUGGAAUCGUCCUACUGAAGAACUCCGCUAACCUUCUCCCACUUUCGAAAACCGAAACCACUUCCAUUGCUGUCAUAGGCCCCAACGCCAAUGUCACACAGACGUUGCUCGGAAACUAUGAGGGUGAGGCGUGCAAAAACAUCACGGUUCUUCAAGCACUCCAAAACUAUGUGAAAAACACACAGUACCACCAGGGCUGUGUUGAUUUGGUGAACUGCACCUCUAUAGCCAUUAAUGAUGCUGUUCGCAUAGCGAAAGCGGUUGAUCACGUGAUUCUGGUUAUGGGUUUGGAUCAAAGUCAAGAAAGGGAGAAGCUUGAUCGGCUUCAAUUGGUUCUUCCGGGGAAGCAAGAGGCUCUUGUAUCAGCCGUGGCUCGAGCUGCGAAGAAACCGGUUUCGUUGGUUUUACUUUGUGGGGGUCCUGUGGAUGUUUCUUUUGCAAAAGAUGAUGCAAAAAUUGGGAGUAUUUUGUGGGCUGGUUACCCUGGUGAAGCUGGUGGUGUUGCUCUUGCUGAAAUCAUCUUUGGUGACCAUAAUCCAGGAGGAAGAUUACCGAUGACCUGGUAUCCAAAAGAAUUUGCAAACGUGCCAAUGACGGAUAUGAGAAUGAGGCCCGACCCAUCAUCGGGCUACCCUGGUCGUACGUACCGGUUCUACAAUGGCAAAACAGUUUUCAAAUUCGGGUAUGGCCUUAGUUACUCGACCCAUUCCUACAAGUUUGUCUCCCAUAUCCCAAACAAGAUUCAUCUUGGCUCAAACCAAGUGUCACCCUCUCGUAACGUGCUACUUUCUUGGAUGGGAAUGGACUUGUGUGAAAAAGCAAAGUUCACGGUGGUGGUUGAUGUCGAGAACCAUGGGCAGGCGGGUAAUCACACUGUGCUACUGUUUGCAAAGUGGGACGAUAAGGAGUCGAGUGGACAUUUUAUCAAACAGUUGGCGGGUUUUCGAAGAGUGAGUUUAGGAGACAAGGAAAGAGGUGAAGUUGAUUUUGUUGUGAAGCCUUGUGAGCAUUUUGGUAGGGCUAAUAAAGAUGGGUUAAUGGUGUUGGAAGAAGGCUCUCGUUCACUUAUUGUGGGAGACAAAGAGCAUAACAUUGAGAUUGUAUUAUAUGACGAAUAAGAAAACCAAUAUGUGAACAACAAUUUUUUGUAAUCUGUAAUAGUGAAGUUAUGAAUUUAAAAUGAACG